AUAAAUACAAGCCAGAGAUCAAGAAGGUGCCGACGACAGUAUAUUUUAAGAAAUCUUAAAAGAUCAGCAUAUAUGCAAAUUGUCAUCCCUCUCUCUCCCUCUCUCUCUCUCUUCAUGAUCUGUUUCUUAAAGCUUGUUUCUUUAAACCAUCAUGAGUGCCUUUGAUGAUCUCUAACUUCGACCUUCUUCAACCUCCUUUAACUUGCUCAUACGAUCUGACUUAGCUUCCAUCUUCAUCAUCAUCUCAUCAUGUCCAAGAUUAACCAAAUCUCCGAGCAAAGCAUUCCAAAAGUAUUAGAGCUUAAACAACUUGAAGCUUCGCAACAGGAAGAUCGUGAUGAAUUAGAUGAUCAAGAAAGCUGUCGAACACCAAAUUCUCAAGAUCAUCAAAUUCCGACCAUACAGAGCUGCCCACCAACACCAAGAAAACAGCCACGAGCUUUUGUGCAAAAGAGGAAAUGGAAUGAAUUUCACUUCUUUGAAACCACAAGUCGUGACGAGUUGGAAUCCUUCUUCCGAACAAGCAGCUUCCAAUUUCCUAGGGUUGCGUCCCAGCGGCCUGCUGCUCCUAAAAGGAGAUGUACCAGUCCAGUACCUGCACCAGGAACAACAGUCGUGAUGACACGUGCGCAUGUUGAUGCACAUUUUGGUUUAUUGGACAUGAGUGACCGUCAGAGAAAGAAGAGGGUGUACUGUACGUGGGAUAUUGGAGCUAGCUAUACGUACGUACAUAGUUGGGCGGAUGGAAACCAGCGAGAGUUUCUUAAAAAUUUUAUUUUCUUUUCCGUGUAAUUAAAUAAAUGCUAAUUAAUUCCGAACACUUUUACAAA